UCUGGCUUGUAUUUUUUCUUUGAAAACAUCCCGUUUGAAAUUUACGUUUAUACCGUUGUCCACCUGUUGUGUGGCGUCAUCAUUCGAUCCGUUCUUUUGCGUUUGAGUCAUUUGUAAAAUUUCCUGCGCGUGAAUAAGGACAUAAAGAAGUUGAAAGUUACUUAUUUGUUAUAAAAUCAGUGCAGUUUGCAGUAAUUUUUAUUUUACAGAGUAUUUCUUGAAUAUCGUAUGUCCAUCCAGAAUCUAAACACAUUCGACCCCUUUGCUGAUGCAAGUAAGGGUGCAGACGAUGAUGUACAAGACGGACUCGUUCAUAUAAGAAUACAACAACGUAAUGGUCGUAAAACUCUGACUACUGUCCAAGGACUCUCAAAAGAAUAUGACCUAAAGAAAAUUGUUCGAGCAUGUAAAAAGGAGUUUGCAUGUAACGGAACAGUUAUAGAACAUCCCGAAUACGGUGAAGUCCUUCAAUUGCAAGGCGAUCAACGAGAAAACAUUUGCCAGUGGCUCACGAAAGCGGGAUUGGCAAAACCCGACCAACUAAAGGUCCAUGGUUUCUAAUUUAAAAACCUUAGAGGUGAUAAUUUAAUCUAUGUAAAUGUCGCGCUUUUAUUUGAAUCACGAAAUUUUCGACAGCAUGUGCCCAUACAAAGUUGCUAACAGCUAGCGGUUAGCAAUUUUGUCCAAUAAUUUUGUAAUUGUGCCUUUCCAUAAAUACAUUAGUUCUCAAAUAUUGUGUUUUUUUCAUUUUAAUGUUGACUGUGUUUAGUUUUUAAUGUGUUUCAAGUAAUAAAUUAAAUGUUUGGUCUAGUA